AUGGAGGAUCUGCAGGUGGGGGACUCCGGAUCGGCCACACCUGAGGAGUUCGAGAGGCUCCGGCAAAUAAUCUGGAAGAAACGACACCUUCUUAUCGGCAAAGGGAACGCCUUACCCCCGGUAGCCAAGGGCGUCGUAUGCGAUAUCGAUGAUGGAAACGCGAAACCGAUCGCACUGCGAACUCGGAAAGUGCCCACGCGAUUCCGCGACAAAGUCGCAGGCCUGAUCAAGGGCCUCCUGGCAGCCGAGAUCAUCCGACCCUAG